AGAAAAUCCAGCCAUCCGAGUCAGUCAAGUCAGUCCACUGGAUCUCCAACACUACAAGAAUUUACGCUGUUGAAGGACAACCGCUCGCCGCUUAAUCACAAAGGUUCAGCAGUGAGUCUUGUGUUCAGCCGUGAAUCCUCGGAGGACAGUUUUGGAGUCAAGGGCCAUCUCAGUCCAGUGUGGUCCAGCAUCCAGUAUCCGUAAGAACUAGAGCAGAAGCAACAGGAAGCAAGCUGGACAGGGGGGAGGUGAGGGAGGACGAGGGCGCCGCCUUCGUCCUGAGACACAGAGUCUGCUUCAGCAAUGACACCGACCCCACCCACACAUCCACCUCAGACAGCCAGGACACCAUAAACCCUGGCACAGACCACAGAUCAGACAGCCCCACACAGAACGGGUGCUUUACUGUGAGGACGGUGGUAAAUGAAGACAAGGAGGAAACAACAGACAGAGAAAAGGAAGAGGAGGAGGAGGAGGAGAGGAGCUCUGAUGAAGGCCUUCUGCUGCAGGCGCACCAUGCCAUGGAGAGGAUGGAGGAGUUUGUGCACAAGAUGUGGGAGGGCAGAUGGCGUGUCAUUCCUCAUGAUGUCCUCCCCGAUUGGCUGAAGGAUAAUGACUACUUGUUGCACGGGCACCGGCCGCCCAUGCCCUCUUUCAGAGCAUGCUUCAAGAGCAUCUUCAGAAUCCAUACAGAAACGGGCAACAUUUGGACCCAUCUUCUAGGCUGCCUGUUCUUUCUCUGUCUGGGAAUCGUGUACAUGUUCAGACCCAAUAUGACGUUCGUGGCACCGUUCCAGGAAAAGAUUGUCAUCGGCAUGUUCUUCUUGGGGGCAAUCCUCUGCUUGUCCUUCUCCUGGCUUUUCCACACCGUCUAUUGCCACUCGGAGGGGGUGUCUCGUGUAUUUUCAAAGUUGGACUAUUCGGGCAUUGCGUUCCUGAUCAUGGGCAGUUUUGUCCCGUGGCUGUACUACUCUUUCUACUGCUCCCCUCAGCCCUGUUUCAUCUACCUGUUUGUGGUGUGUAUACUGGGCAUCGCCGCCAUCACCGUCUCACAGUGCGAUUUCUUCGCCACGCCACAGUACCGCGGAGUCAGAGCCGGUGUGUUUGUAGGUCUGGGCCUCAGUGGAGUCGUCCCCACACUGCACUUUAUGAUCACAGAGGGCUUCCUCAGGGCCACCACCAUGGGACAGAUGGGCUGGCUCUUCCUCAUGGCUGUCUUGUACAUCACAGGAGCCUGCCUAUAUGCAGCACGCAUCCCUGAGAGAUUCUUCCCUGGCAAGUGUGACAUCUGGUUCCACUCCCACCAGCUAUUCCAUAUCUUGGUGGUGGCAGGUGCCUUUGUACACUUCCAUGGCGUGUCCAACCUGCAGGAGUUCCGUUAUACAGCUGGCGGAGGCUGUGUGGAGGAAGGUGCUGUGUGAGCCUUUAGCCCUGCGGUGCUGACACGCACCACUAGAGGGAAACAAAGUACUAUUGGCACCAGUAACUGCUCGGUCCCUUCUACCCAUGAGGGUCACACCAAGGAGGACAACACUGAAAGUGAAAGACAAAGUCACCCACCCUUAUUAUUAUUUUUCUCUCUCCAUUUCCUUUUGUUUGCUGUUUUGCCCCUAAAAUAAAAUACUUCAUGGGAUAAGGUGGACAUAUGUCGAGAAUGGCAAUUUGUGUUUUCUAAGACUUAUGAGACAGUUUGGUUGAUCGCUGUUGGAUUUUUUUUCUUCUCUUUGUAAAAAAAAAAAAGAGUGCAAUGCAAAUGGGUGAACAUUUCUUUGGGUGUGCAGUUAGCCAUUUUAAACUCAUGUAAAUAAGAUUUCUAAAUUUGGGUUAUAUAGAUUUGUACGAAAUAAAGUUAUAUGUUUUUAAAGAAAUAAAUCAUUAUAUCAUUAUAAUGUUUAACUAAAAAUGUAACAAAAAAAAAAGCAGAAGUGAAAUAGAAGUGUUACAGUCAGGAGGAGAGAUACUGUGCAGGGACCUUUAAGACUAAGAAAAUAUGCAGAGAAAACCAAAUUGAACAAGAGCCACAAUGUUAAUGUGGACUGCUAGAUUUUGUGAGGGUGAGGUCUCCAAACCUGGUGUCUGAAUGGGCCAAUCAGACGGCUAAGUUUUCUGUUGUCAUAAGCACAGCUGUGAGAGCUAAAAACAUACCUGUAGGACACUGAAAAGCCAUACACCUUAUGGAGCCACCCAGCGCCUGAACAGGGGUCAGAACACCGCACUAUCUUAUUCCACAUCACUGUAAGGGCUGUUUCCUUCACAUGCAGAAGGAUGGUUUUCCUCCAGAUAAUUUCUCUCUCUCUCUCUCUCUUUUUUUUCUUGUUUUA